CUUUGUUUGUACUGGAAAAUAUGAAGAGAUCUUCAAGCGGUGAUAUAUUAAUACAACUAAAACAAAUAAAGAUAGGUAAAAGAAGAUUACGCUAUAUAUACAUUCCACAAUCUUUGAUGGAAAGUAAAGAGUUUAUGAAGGAAACUGAUAAAGAAUGUUGUCUGCUGUUUCUUGGUUGUGAUGUAUUAAGCAGCACAUCCGUACUUCCAAAAAAUAUGGCAAGAACUCAUACAAGAUUAUUGAAAUCAAAACAAUGUAGCAAAAUAUCCUUUCCCCAUCGUUUGGCUGGAGUUGCGGGACAUACAAAAGAUGCUUGGUUUUAUAGUAUUCAUGGUUUGUUUCGAAGCGUCUUUGAAUUUUAUGACUUUGCAGAACAAGUUUUGGUCUUACGGUAUUUAUUCCAUAUAUGGAGUAUCGCUAACGAAAGAUUUUUGCCAGAGAAGUUAAUUUUAACAGAUCACAAUUUUAUUGAUAAAGAGAUGUUUGUAACUGUUAUUAUUGACAGAAUUGAUAAUUGUAAAAUAUGUGAAGAAACUGCAUGUUCGAAACGUAUGUGUAUGUCAAGGAAUAACAAAAGCGUAGCCACACAGUGCAGCAUGUCAUGGAAUAAAAAAAGCGUAGCCACACAGUGCACAAUUCAUUACUCUUCUGUCGCAUCUCAAUAUGAUUUAAAUGUAUGUAUGAAUAGAUCAUCUCAGACAGUUUAUUGCAAGAAUAAAAUGAUAUCACAAUUUACACAAAGUGAUAAAAUUGUAUCCAAUGAGAAACAAUGUCAAACAGAGUAUGUGAAAAUUGAUCAACAUACAUCUCCUACACACCUUCCAGAUCAUAUGAAUUGUUCUUCAGAAGAAUACCAUAGCCAUAGAAUUGAGAGUGCUAGUUUUCAGGAAUUCAAUAUUAACAUGCAGUCUAAACAAGAUGUUGUUGCUAACUCAAUGCAUGGAACAUUAUCUCUUAGUUUGAUCAAUUCUGUAGCAAAACAUAUUAAGACAUACUUCCCCCUUGCGUUGAAAAAUAUCAAGUAUUACAAAGUUUACGUACUGCUUGAAACUUUUUUGGAUUUAAUUAAAGAAGAAGUGUUGCGUAUAGAAAGCACAACUACUGGAAUAUUCCCUUUUCAUUUGAUGACAGAAUAUUGUAAUCUUCGAAAGUCAUGUGAUCACAUCAACCAAGAAAAUCCGAUAGAAAGAGAUUUGUAUUAUCGAGAAUGUGCUCUUCAUGUUAUUAGUAAGUGGCUUGCGGGUGAGUUUAAUAAACUCCAGACCGCCAUAACAUCCCAAAUAGACGAGUUUAAGAGAAAACAAAUUGCAAUGAACAAACUGAUUCCAAAUCCUGUUGAAAUAAUAAGUCAACAUCAUUUAUAUCCUUCUUUUAUGGUUGAAUUAAGCACAUGGGUUGGUGGAUAUCAAAGAGAAGAAGAAAGAACGUUUUUUUGUUCACGACUUUUGUUGGUUCUGGAAUUACUUAAUGAUACUUUACUUACUGGGAUGGGUCAUGUCGUUUAUGCGAAAUUAAAAUGUAAUUAUGCCAUGUAAAGUCUUCAUAAAAAUAAUUCGGUUAACCCUCCAUGUCUUAUAUUCAUAAAAUUCAUUUGAGAUAUAAAGAGUUUAACUGGAACUUAAAAUAUUAAGAGUUUAACAUAGCAAAUAGUUGUUCAUCUUUCAUAGAGAAAAAGCAAAAGAAUCAAUAAAAUUGUUUCAAGUUAACAAAAUUUUUAAGACAUGGAAGGAAAACUGUAUGUAUGUACAUGUAUACUGAAAGUUAAUAUUGAAUUGUCUGAUGUGCCUCAGUUAUUCAGAUAAAUAGAAAUAAAUGUGUGUUAAUGUCA